UAAGUGCUAUUGUCCCCCCCCCCCCCGCUUUUUGUCCCCACUUUUUUAUAACCCACUUUACUGAGCUAUAGUUUACACGCAGUGUACAAUUCAUUGGCUUUUUAGUAUAUUCCCAACAUCGUAUGGUCGUCACCACUAUCUAAUUUUAGAAUGUUUUCAUCACCCCAGAAAGAAACCCCGUACUCAUUAGCAGUCACUCCACCUUCCAUCCCCAGCCCUGGGCAAUCACAAAUUAUUCUCUUUGAUGCUGAGAAAAUGGAGGCUCAGAGAGGGUCAACAACCUGAUCAAGGCGGCACAGCCAGUGAGUGAUAGAGCCGGGGUUCAAACCCAGGUAGCGGGACUCCAGAGUCAGUGCUCCUCGAAGGACCGCCCGAUGUCUUGGCUGCGCCCCCCUCCCCCCAACAUGCCCUGCUACACGUUGCUAACAGCCCGGGCUCAGGCGUGUGUGAGCACCAUCCAGACACGUAGGCCCAGGCGGCAACACGCGUCUCUCUCCCGAGGUAGACUUGCGAGUCCAUACAGAAAAAUCUCACGCCCCUCGGAAGGACAGCCAACGUCCCCUCCUCUUGAACCUUCUCUUCCAAAGCCCAGCUCCUGGAAGGGAGGGUUGGCUGGCACAGGAACCAGCAGCAACAGGGGAGCUAAAGUGGCCAGCGAGACCUAGGUGGUUUGAGAGUUUUAAAAGGAGAAAUCCCCGUAUCGCCUGUAGCCGAUCACUGUAACUAAAAUCCAAUGCCAACACAACAUUCCAGAACAGGUCCCGCCCGGGUUGGGGCCACCGGUUGGGGCCACCGGCUAGGCCUUGCCCUGCCCACAGGAGGACUCAAGGAACUCAGCUCCCACAUCACACUUACUCUCUUUCCUUCUGACGCUCACUCUGCCCUUUGCUUCUUCUGUCCUUCCCCCCCCCCCACCCCCCGCCGCCUCUUUCUUCCUUACACUCCUGCUUUCACUCCCCAAAACUUCAAACAAACAGACAGACAGACGAACGUUUGUGGCCAUCCUCUUGACUCGAAGAUUUGGGAAUUAACGUGAAACUCUUGCUGCCUCUGAUAAGGGAUGAGUACAGGGAGAGACAAAAGGAAAGGUAGGCCAGAGAAGGAGUCUGUUGGAUUUGGUUUGGGGUUUUUUCCUCCUUCUUCUCGCUCCCUCCAAAGCGGAGGAUCCGGCCGGGCCAGUUUGGAUAUUUAUUAAGAAAAAGCCAAAGAUAAUUAACUUUUUUGUUUUUGUUUUGUUUGCGGGUGCCUCCCCUGCUGGCACUGCUGACUGCCUGGCAAAUUAAACCUGCUCCCUGCCCCGGCGGCGGCGGCGGCGGCUCUGCUGUCGGCUGUCCCGACACCGCCGGGGCCCAUCAGCUGCCCACCCAGCCACCCACCUUGGGUUUCAGACCUAGGGUCGCUUUAUGCCACCACCGAUGCCACGUCCCCAGGCUCUUGUGACUUCUAGAGCAGCCUUUAGAGCUGGAGUUUGGGACCAAGGAGAGGAGAAUGGAUCUCGGUACAGCUGAAGGCACCCGGUGCACCGACCCGCCCGCAGGCAAGCCCGCGAUGGCGGCCAAGCGCAAAGGAGGCCUGAAGCUCAACGCCAUCUGCGCCAAGCUGAGCCGCCAGGUGGUGGUGGAGAAGGGGGCAGAGGCGGGCCCUCAGCCCGAGGGCAGCCCGCUGCGGCCACGGGACCGGGACCGAGAGGCCGGCGUGGCCCGGGGCGUCCGCAGCGAGGAAGACAAGAGGCGGGCGGUGAUCGAGAAGUGGGUCAACGGCGAGUACAGCGAGGAGCCCGCGCCCGCGCCCAGCCUGGGGCGGAUCGGCCGCGAGGGCCUGGAGCUGCCGCCCGAGGGCGUCUACAUGGUGCAGCCCCAGGGCUGCAGCGACGAGGAGGACCACGGCGAAGAACCCCCCAGGGAUGGCGGCGGCGUCGCGGAGGAGAAGGAGUCUGACGGGGCGGCCUCCAAGGACGACAGCGGCCCCAGUACCAAGCAGGCUUCAGGAGAGGCCUCCUCACUCCGGGACUACGCGGCUUCCACUAUGACCGAGUUCCUCGGCAUGUUUGGCUACGAUGACCAGAACACGAGGGACGAGCUGGCCAGGAAGAUCAGCUUCGAGAAGCUGCACGCAGGCUCCACCCCCGAGGUGGCCACCUCCUCCAUGCUGCCCGCCUCCGAGGAUGCCCUCAGCAAGCGGGCGCGCUUCUCCAAAUACGAGGAGUACAUCCGCAAGCUCAAGGCCGGCGAGCAGCUCUCCUGGCCGGCCCACGGCACCAAGGCCGAGGAGCGGGCGGGCAAGGACGUGGUGGGGCCCCUGCCCGGCCUGCGGCUGCCCAGCAGCACGGCGCACCUGGAGACCAAGGCCACCAUCCUGCCCCUGCCCUCACACAGCAGCGUUCCCAUGCAGGGCCUGGUGGCCCGCACCUCCAAGUACGACUUCUUCAUCCAGAAACUGAAGACGGGCGAGAACCUGCGGCCCCAGAACGGGAGCACCUACAAGAAGCCAUCCAAGUACGACCUGGAGAACGUCAAGUACCUGCACCUCUUCAAACCCGGGGAGGGCAGCCCCGACAUGGGCGGGGCCAUUGCCUUCAAGACGGGCAAGGUGGGGCGCCCCUCCAAGUACGACGUCCGGGCCAUCCAGAAGCCGGGCCCCGCCAAGGUUCCGCCCACCCCCAGCCUGGCUCCUGCACCCCUCCCCAGCGUGCCCAGUGCUCCCAGCGCCCCUGGGCCAGGGCCCGAGCCGUCUGCCUCCCUGCCCUUCAACACUCCCGAGUACCUGAAGUCGACCUUCUCCAAAACAGACUCCAUCACCACGGGGACCGUCUCCACUGUCAAGAACGGAUUGCCCACAGAUAAACCAGCUGUCACCGAAGAUGUAAACAUUUACCAGAAAUAUAUUGCCAGGUUCUCCGGCAGUCAGCACUGUGGCCAUAUCCACUGCGCCUACCAGUACCGUGAGCACUACCACUGCCUUGACCCGGAGUGCAACUACCAGAGGUUCACGAGCAAGCAGGAUGUGAUCCGGCACUACAACAUGCACAAGAAACGCGACAACUCCCUGCAGCACGGCUUCAUGCGCUUCAGCCCGCUGGACGACUGCAGCGUCUAUUACCACGGCUGCCACCUCAACGGGAAGAGCACCCACUACCACUGCAUGCAGGUGGGCUGUAACAAGGUGUAUACGAGCACGUCAGAUGUGAUGACCCACGAGAACUUCCACAAGAAGAACACCCAGCUCAUCAACGAUGGCUUCCAGCGCUUCCGAGCCACCGAGGACUGCGGCACGGCCGACUGCCAGUUCUACGGGCAGAAGACCACGCAUUUCCACUGCAGGCGCCCCGGCUGCACAUUCACCUUCAAGAACAAGUGUGACAUCGAGAAGCACAAGAGCUACCACAUCAAGGACGACGCGUAUGCCAAGGACGGCUUCAAGAAGUUCUACAAGUACGAGGAGUGCAGGUACGAGGGCUGCGUGUACAGCAAGGCCACCAACCACUUCCACUGCAUCCGCGCCGGCUGCGGCUUCACCUUCACGUCCACCAGCCAGAUGACCUCGCACAAGCGCAAGCACGAGCGCAGGCACGUCCGCUCCUCGGGCGCGCUGGGGCUGCCGUCCUCGCUGCUGGGCGCCAAGGACACGGAGCACGAGGAGUCGAGCAACGACGACCUGGUCGACUUCUCGGCCUUGAGCAGCAAGAACUCCAGCCUGAGCGCCUCCCCGACCAGCCAGCAGUCCUCCGCCUCCCUGGCCGCCGCCGCCGCUGCCGCCGCCGAGGCCACACCCGGUGCCGCCAAGCCGCCCAACAGCAAGAUCUCCGGGCUGCUGUCCCAGGGCCUGCCCGCUUCCAUCCCGCUGGCGCUGGCCCUCUCCAACUCAGGCCUGCCCACCGCCGCCCCCUACUUCCCUAUCCUUCCGAGCCGGGGCAGCGCCUCCUUGCCCGUGAGUGCCCCCGGCCUCCUGGGCGCCAUGUCGUCCGGGGCAGUGGCCUCGGCGGCAGCCGACACACCCGCCCUGGCCGCCUCGGGAGCCGGUGACUCUGCCCCGGCCGCCGCCACCUCUGUCCCGGUGCCCCCCGCCUCCAUCAUGGAGAGGAUCUCGGCGAGCAAGGGCCUCAUCUCACCCAUGAUGGCCAGGCUGGCCGCGGCUGCCCUCAAGCCCUCUGCCACCUUUGACCCAGGAAACGGGCAGCAGGCCACCCCCGCCAGGUUCCCCCCGGCCCCGGUGAAGCAGGAGCCCGGUGAGAGCGCUGGCGCCCCGGUUCCCCACGAGGUCUCCCAGGACCGCAGUUUAGACCUGACUGUGAAGGAGCCCAGUAAUGAAUCAAAUGGCCAUGCAGUCCCGGCAAAUUCGUCUCUCUUAUCCUCGCUUAUGAAUAAGAUGUCUCAGGGCAACCCCAACCUUGGCAGCCUGUUGAACAUCAAGACAGAAGCGGAGGGCAGCCCCGCCGUGGAGUCCUCGCCCUUCCUGGGCAAGGCCGUGAAGGCGUUGGUUCAGGAGAAGCUGUCCGAGCCCUGGAAGGUGUACCUUCGAAGGUUUGGCACCAAGGACUUCUGUGACGCCCAGUGUGACUUCCUUCACAAGGCACACUUCCACUGCGUGGUGGAGGAGUGCGGCGCGCUUUUCAGCACCCUGGACGGGGCCAUCAAGCAUGCCAACUUCCACUUCCGGACGGAGGGAGGAGCAGCGAAGGGAAACGCAGAGGCUCCCUUCCCCACCUCGGCUGCGGAGACCAAACCUGCCUUGGCCCCCUCGUCCCCUCCAGCGCCUCCUGUCACCACAGCCUCUCUGGAGGGUCCCACUCCCAGCCCGGCUGCCGUGCCCUCCACCCCCACGCUGCUCGCCUGGAAGCAGCUGGCUUCCACCAUACCCCAGAUGCCUCAGAUUCCAGCGUCAGUGCCUCACCUGCCCACUUCGCCCUUGGCGACGACUUCUCUAGAAAACGCCAAGCCCCAGGUCAAACCCGGAUUCCUCCAGUUCCAGGAGAACGAUCCUUGCCUCGCCACGGACUGCAAGUACGCCAACAAGUUUCACUUCCACUGUCUCUUCGGGAACUGCAAGUACGUCUGCAAAACCUCCGGCAAGGCUGAGUCCCACUGCCUGGACCACAUCAACCCCAACAACAACCUGGUGAACGUGCGAGACCAGUUUGCGUACUACUCACUUCAGUGUCUCUGUCCCAACCAGCACUGCGAGUUCCGGAUGCGUGGACACUACCACUGCCUCCGGACCGGCUGCUACUUUGUGACCAACAUCACCACCAAGUUGCCGUGGCACAUAAAGAAGCACGAGAAAGCCGAGCGGCGGGCAGCCAACGGAUUCAAGUACUUUACCAAGCGCGAGGAGUGUGGCAGGCUAGGCUGCAAGUACAACCAGGUGAACAGCCACUUCCACUGCAUCCGGGAGGGCUGCCAGUUCUCCUUCCUCCUCAAGCACCAGAUGACCUCCCACGCCCGGAAGCACAUGCGGAGGAUGCUGGGCAAGAACUUCGAUCGCGUGCCCCCCUCCCAGGGCCCCCCGAGCCUGAUGGACACGGAGACAGAUGAGUACAUGGAUUACACGGGCUGCAGCCCGGGCGCCGUGUCCUCUGAGUCGCCCACCAUGGACCGGAGCUGCUCCAGCACGCCUGUGGGCAACGAGAGCACGGCGGCAGGCUGCCCGGCUCCUCCUCCUCCUCCUCUUCCUCCUCCUGCUGCCGCUGGCGACGAGGCUGCCCGCGUGGCUCCGCAGCCCCCACUGACCCCAUCCUUCUCAGCGGCCGUGCUCCGGGCGCCCCUCCCCUCCCUCCCAUGCCUCUUUUCUCCGCCCUGUCUCUCAUACUCUCUGCUCAGUGCCACUCUCGGAGCCACCCGGGGCCUGGGCCACCCGGUCGGCAGCCCGCCCCGCCUCCCGCCCGCCACAGCCACCGCAACUCCAGUAAAAAGUGACGUCCCCCUAGUUCAGGAUGCUGCAGGGAACACCAUCUCCAUGCCCACAGCCUCCGGGGCCAAAAAGCGCUUCUGGAUCAUCGAGGACAUGUCGCCGUUCGGCAAGCGGCGCAAGACGGCCUCCUCGCGGAAAAUGCUGGACGAGGGCAUGAUGCUGGAGGGCUUCCGGCGCUUCGACCUCUACGAGGACUGCAGGGACCCGACCUGCCAGUUCUCGCUCAAGGUCACGCACUACCACUGCACGCGGGAGAACUGUGGCUACAAGUUCUGCGGACGCACGCACAUGUACAAGCACGCGCAGCACCAUGACCGCGUGGACAACCUCGUGCUGGACGACUUCAAGCGCUUCAAGGCCUCGCUCAGCUGCCACUUCGCCGACUGCCCCUUCUCGGGCUCCAGCACGCACUUCCACUGCCUGCGCUGCCGCUUCCGCUGCACCGACAGCACCAAGGUGACGGCGCACCGCAAGCACCACGGCAAGCAGGACGUGAUCAGCGCGGCGGGCUUCUGCCAGUUCAGCUCGAGCGCCGACUGCGCCGUGCCCGACUGCAAGUACAAGCUCAAGUGCUCGCACUUCCACUGCACCUACCCGGGCUGCCGCCACACGGUCGUGGGCAUGUCGCAGAUGGACUCGCACAAGCGCAAGCACGACAAGCAGGAGCGCGGCGAGCCCCCCGCCGCGUCCCCGGGCCCCGCCGUCGGCCUGGACGGCGCGCUGUCGCUGGGCACCGAGCCCGGGGCCCCCCUGCUCUUCCUCCCGCCCGCCGCCGCCACCGCCGCCGCCGCCGCUGCUUCCGCGGGCCUGGGGCUGGGGCCGGGCGAUGCGGGCGACCCGGGGGACCCCGGCCCGCCCGACGGCCCCGGGCCCCGCGACGGCCCCGCUGCACCCGCGCCCGGCCCGGUGGCGGCUGGGGAGUCGUCGCAGGAGGACGAGGAGGAGGAGCUGGAGCUGCCCGAGGAGGAGGCGGAUGACGACGAGGACGACGACGAAGACGACGACGACGACGAGGAGGACGACGACGACGACGAGGACGACGACGAGGACCUGCGCACCGACUCGGAGGAGUCGCUGCCCGAGGCGGCGGCGGCGGCGGCGGCCGCGGGGCCGGGGGCGCGGAGCCCAGAGCUGGCGGCCCCGGCGCCCGCCACAGCGUCGCCCUAGCCCGCCCGUCGGGGACGCCUCUCCCGCCCCCCUCCCGUGGUGGCCAUUGUGAUUCCUUUUGUAAGAGAUGCUAUUUAUCUGUAACGCUGCCCCCCCCCCGCCCCCGCCAGAGCUACGCGAUCGCACCCGGUGCCGGCGUGGGGAGGCGCUCCGGGCUCGGGGCGGCCCCGCCGGUGCUUCCGGACCCCGAGUCCGUCUCAGGACAGAGGCGGGGGCCUCCCUCUGGUGCUCCGGGGCCGCCCCCGCCCCGCCCGCGGCGCGCGGCCAGCGGCUGGAAGGACAGGCUGCGAGCGAUCCUCCUCUGGCUGCACUUCGGGGAUCUUCUUCAGGGAAACAGAAGGUGCUCUUGUCCGGGGUGGGACCGAGGAGCGGGGGCCCUGAGGGCGAGGCGGGCGCGCAGACACCCGGGCAACCGCCCCGCGCGCCCCUCCCCGCGGCCGGACCCCGGGCCCCGCGACCACGCCGGUGGGAUUCCUCAUUGCUCAGGACUGGGAAGGGCGCCGGGGGUCACCGCGACCCCCAGCCCUCACCCCCAGAGGCGGGCCCCACUAGCAUCUGGCAGGGCCUCCCAUUCACGCAGCUAAGACCCUCCCUCCUGGCCCCGGGGGGCGGGGGAGGGAGGGGCAGAGGCGCCAGCGCCGGCGACACUGCAGGGACCGCGGAGGAAACCUCACGGAAUUGGCAGAGCCGGGGCGCUGUGCCCCGCCGCUGGGCCCUGCCCCGGUGUCUGCUCCCGAGGGCUGGGGCCCGGAAGAGGCGCGUCUCGGCCGUCCGGGGACUCCCAGGCCCCAGCCUCUGCCCACGGAGGGCUGAGGCUGUGUCCGCUUCCAUACCUAAGAGCGGCAGGUGCUGGCGUGCUGGGCCCGGCAGGGGUCUCAGCCACCCACGUGGUGGGAACAGGAAGGAUACCACUGUUUGGGGCUUUAAUAUUCAAAAUGGGGGAAAAAAUGCGAGAAAGCUGUACAGUAUUUUUCCUGUAAAGGUUAUUAUUCUACAUAGAACAAAAAGAAAAAAAAAGGCAGGUGGGCCGCGAGAGCACAGGCCCGCCUCGGACCAGCCCUGAGGUUGGAGACCGAGUGCAAUCGCUCACGUGGGAUUUCGUUUCGCAUUUAUUUUAGAGGCCUUACCAGUUUGAGGCUGUCUGUCUUUACACUAGCACUGACGGGAGCUGCGUGAUUCCAACUUUUAACUUGAAUUUUGUAGAAACAAGAAAAAGGACUAUUACUGUUGAUACAAGUUUGUAGUUAACAUUUGAGUUUUUCUCUAUUGGUUAUGCGUGUGGCUUUAUAGGGCUUUUUUUUCCCCCCCCUCGGUUUUUAUUAUUUUGUUUGGGAUGCUUCUUUGCCAGUGCAACCCACCCAGACUUGGGUCCCUUUUCAAAACACCCCCACUUCCUGGAGAGGAUGAGGCCACCAAGCCCAGUUUGGGGGGGGUGGGCGCCUGGCUGGUGCACACCAGGCCACAGGCUCUGAGGGCGACAGGGACCCAGCACAGGCGACCCAAGCUUCCCGUGUCUCCAGUCCCGGCCACCAGCCUGGCUCAGGUUGGACCCUGAGACUGUCACAGGGAGAGAGCCAAGCCCAGCCUAGAGGAGGCCUGUCUCCCAGAACCUCCUCCCCACAGAUCUCCAAGGGGAGCCCCACCUGAUGGUGGGGAGGUGGGCACUGGUUUUCUUUUUUUUUCUUUUUGUCCGUGUGUGUGUGUGUGUGUGUGUGUGUGUGUGAGUGUGUGUGUGUGUGUGUGUGUGUGUGUCCUCUUGGCUGCCCACAGCCAGAGAGCCGGGAUCAUCUGCACUGGACAGAGGGAGCAGGGAGGGAGGAGUGGUCAGACGGAGCGUACCUGAUUCAACAGGGAGCAAAUCGUUUCCUAAAACGUGUCCCCUACCAGAGCCUCCUGAAUUCUGUGGGCGCCUCGCGCUGCUGCUGACAUUCGCCCGGGCUCUGUGCCCUACCACAGAGCUGCUGGGUGUGUGGAGGGAGUUUUGUAAAGGAAAAAAAACAAAAGCAAAAAACAAAACACAAAAACAUUUUUCAAUGUAGCAAAAUUAAACAAAACAAAACAAAAAAAA